CCAAACUGCAAAACCUCGUAUCUGCAUUUUUUCAUGAAAUUGAGAUAUUUUGUAUACCGAUGGAUUACUUUGUUAUGCAUAUGUGUGCAAAACCUUAGAAACGAACAGAAAUUAACAAUUUAAGAAUAUCCAUGUGUAGUACCUCGUAUAUAAACUGUCAGGUAGGAGCGCAUGCGUAACCUCGUAUACGUUGAGGUUUACCAUGUGAAGAUAUGCUGUGCCUUGCGCUGUCACAUCAUUUUGCAAAAUUAUAAGGAAUUAUUAACAAUAUGAGUAUUUCUCGAGGUAAAGCCCUCGUUCAAAUGAUUUUGAACCAGGAUGUGAGCAAAAAUAGAGAUCUUACAAAUCCCGAUAAUUUAAGCAUCAAUCAAUGUUCUAAUGGCGAAAACAAAGAAAACCCCAGUAUAGUAUUUUUUGAAAGUGAAGAGUGUAUCCCCAAAAUAAAUUGGAAUUUAGCACAGCUAACACCUGCCCAAAACAUUGUCAUUGAGGAAUGUAGCGUUGCCGCCUCAGCUUGGUCAGAAACAAUAAUAAAUUCCAACACAAGCCCUCAAGAUUUCUCCAAUAGGGAGCCAAAUGAUAUUUUUAAUGGUAGCACUGAAAACUUGUCGACUGGUAGCGAUGAAGGCAGUAAUUUUGAACCUGGAAGCGAUAAUUUGGGAUGUAGCGAGAGUGAAAGUAGCGACAACAAUGACACUGGGGACGAUUUAGCAGAAGAUCAGCAUGGAACGAUCAACACUGACGACAGAGGUGGUAACGAAAAUGCUUCCAGUAAUACAGAAAAAUCUGAAGACCAAGGCACCAGAGAUAUAGUACCACUAAAAAAACGCAAAAUGUCUAGAGAGCAGAGGUUCCAAAAUAAGCGGCUGAGAAUGCUAGGACAGUGUUAUAAUGGCUUGCAAAAAGAUCCCUCCGAAGGAAAUUAUAAGCUUACCAAUAUCGCCGCUCGUAAAAUGGGCCCAACCUGCUCAUCGAGGGUUUGUAAAAAUUCAAAAGUAUUUUUCUGUCCAUCUUUUCAUGAAAACGAUAGAAAACUUUUGUUUGACAGUUUCUGGAAGACUUUAACAUGGGAUAUGAAGCGCACGUACUUAAGCUCUUUAGUGGAUUACGUUCCCAGCAAACGUAUGAAAGAAAAUUCAAGAAGGAAGGGUACAUUAAUAUAUUACUUAAAGAAAGGUACUCAGAAGCUUAGAGUUUGUAAAAAGAUGUUCCUUUCUACAUUAAACGUUAACGAAUGGAUUGUCAGAGAGUACAGUAAGAAAUUACAUGGCAUUACAGAGGCAGAGGAGAAUGUUCUCCAUCCUAGACGGAAUCGCCACUCUAAUGAUCAAAGAAGAAUCACAAUGCAGACAUUCCUAGAAGAGCUCCCUAAAAUGCCCUCUCACUAUUGUCGUUCUUCUACGUCUAAACUGUAUCUUGAACCUACGUUUCAGAGUAAAGCUGAACUAUACCGAGAGUAUCAACGCUACUGCGCUACAAAAAAUGAAAAUUCAUGUUCGCAACAAUUGUUUAAUGAGGAAAUUAAAAAACAAAAAAUAGGAAUCUUUAGACCUCGAAAAGAUCAGUGCGAUGUAUGUAUUUCACACAAGCUUGGUAAUAUUGAUGAAGAUACAUACCAAAAACAUCAAGCAAGUAAAAUUGCAGCUCGUAAUUCCAAAGAAAACGAUAAAGGACGAUGUCAGACAGAGCCAAAGAAAAUAUUAGUGAUAACCGCUGAUGUUCAAGCGGUCAAAUUGGCUCCAAUGUUGAAGGCGAGUGCAAUUUAUUAUAAGACUAAACUUUGUGUUCAUAAUUACACAAUAUAUAAUUUAUUUAAUUCCGAAGUAACUUGUCAUUUAUGGGAUGAAACCCAAGGUGGCUUAGAAGCUAAUAUGUUUGCAACAAUGUUAUCCGAUUAUCUCCAAAAUCAUUUGCUAAAUGAACCCGACACCAAGGAAUUUAUCAUCUACUCUGAUGGGUGCGGGUACCAGAACAAAAACGCUACUGUUGCUAAUGCCUUACUAAAAUUUGCAAUAGAUAAUCAUGUAACAGUGUACCAGAAAUAUUUUGAGAAAGGACAUUCUCAGAUGGAAGUGGACUCCGUCCACAGUACUAUUGAAAGAAGGCUAAAAAACCGUGAUAUAUAUUUGCCAACUGACUAUAUUGCAGUUUGCAAAGAAGCGAGAAAUAGAAAUCCGUACAAUGUUAAAUACAUGAAAUACACAGAUUUUCGGGAUUACUCCAAGGUUAAAUAUUAUAGCAGUAUUCGGCCAGGUAGGAAACCUGGAGAUCCGCAGGUGAACCAAGUUCACUGUUUUAUGUAUUCACCUGAGGGGAUUAUAAACUAUAAAUUACAAUAUAAGGAUGAAUGGCAAGUCCUCCCAACAAGAUCACAUCUUGACCAAUAUGAAGUCACGCAAUUGUAUGACACUAAGCAAAACAUAAAACAAGAUAAAUUUAAUCAUUUGCAGCACUUAAAACAAGUAUUGGAUCAACAAUUUUGGGAAUACUAUGACAAUUUACCGCACGCGUAAUAGUCAUCAAAAACACGUAAGCGAUGAAUUUCGAUGCAAUUAGUGUUCAAAUACUCGUAUGUGAGUUAUUAUAAUCAAAUAUCGAAUUUUGUUAAAUAUUUCAUUUUGUCAGUUUUCAGAAUGUAUUUUUAUUUAAAUAAAAUUUAAAAUU